AUGACUGAUGAACGAAAUACUUUAAAAUGUAUAUUUGGUCGAUCAUUUGAUGAUUUACAACUUCGAAAUAAGCUCAGUCAAUUAUGCGCAACAUAUCUUGGCGGUAUUUGGACAACAGUACCAUCUGAGCAAAUUCGCAUUGCAACACAAAGACGUUUGAGUCCACGUUUAUUGGGAAUAUUUCCUGGUGGACGUUUUGAAGAAUAUAUUCCAUCACGUCCGCUUACCAAUGAUGAAUAUUGCAAAGCAUGUGUUGCACAAGAAGUUGGUCGAAUUCUUGCAAGAAUACAUUCAUUAGAUAUGCCAAUUAGCAAAGAAUGUCGUUUGGCGCAAUUUGUUGAUGAUAUGAUCGAAAGGUUGAGAAGUUCAGAUCGAUGGAAAACACAAAAUUAUCCGAUGCAUACUACUUUAGCAAAAGUUGAUAAAGCACUCUAUCCUGAUCUUAUCACUAUUGAUCUAUUAGCAGAGGAAUUGGAGAUAUGCAAGAAAUGCUUGGCGCAAAGUGGUAGUCCACUUGUUUUUAGUAACAAUGAUUUACAUGAAGGAAAUUUACUUUACGUGAUGGUAUCAAAAUUACUGAUCAGGGUUUGA